AUGGCGCCAGUGACGGCACUGGUCAUUCUCAUCCGGGCAGUGUUUGAGCGAGAGGGACCCAGAGACGACAGGCGAACCCUGCCCGCCCUCGUCGACAACUCCCAAACCCACGUCGACGGCUCCCAAACCCACGUAGACGACACCCAAACUGGUGUCGAAUCCGACGACGCCCAAACUGGCCUCGAAUCCGACGACGCCCAAACUGGCGUCGAAUGCGACGACGCCCAAACUGGCGUCGAAUCCGACGACGCCCAAACUGGCGUCGAAUCCGACGACGCCCAAACUGGCAUCGAAUCCGACGACGCCCAAACGGGCGUCGAAUCCGAAGACGCCCAAACUGGCAUCGAAUCCGACGACGCCCAAACGGACGUCGAAUCCGACGACGCCCAAACUGGCGUCGAAUCCGACGACGCCCAAACUGGCAUCGAAUCCGACGACGCCCAAACGGGCGUCGAAUCCGACGACGCCCAAAUUGGCAUCGAAUCCGACGACGCCCAAACGGACGUCGAAUCCGACGACACCCAAACGGGCGUCGAAUCCGACGACGCCCAAACGGGCGAAUCCGACGACGCCCAAACGGGCGAAUCCGACGACACCCAAACGGGCGUCGAAUCCGACGACACCCAAACGGGCGUCGAAUCCGACGACACCCAAACGGGCGUCGAAUCCGACGACACCCAAACGGGCGUCGAAUCCGACGACACCCAAACGGGCGUCGAAUCCGACGACACCCAAACGGUGACCAGGGUUGUGCCAGUACCCAAAGAGGCCCGCCAUUACCUCACGGGAAAGAAAUUACGGACCCUCAAAUAA